AUGCAUCUGGAGGACUUUUCGUUACUCCCGAUAGCAUUAUGCUUUUUGUUUGGUCUUGACGUAACGUUAUCACAAUCUAAACCACAACAUGUUUCCUACCUUCGAGACAAUCAGUUCCACGUAUUCACAGGCAAAGCAAUCACUUCAGACCCGGCGGAAGCCAUGAACGAGACUCUUGCUUUUCUCAAGAAAGACUGCGACAUGAUCUUGCUGCACUUCGACGUGGAUGUCGGGGACAGUAGUAAAUGA